GGCGGCGGUGGCAGCAUGCAGCGCGGUCAUGCAGCCUUGCAGUGCUGUGGCGGGCACCAGGAGCACUAGCAGCCGGGCGGCGGCCUUCCGCCCCCUUACCAGCUCCCGUGCCCUGGCAGCAAGGCCCCUGGUGGCCGCGCAGGCAGCAGCCGCUGGCCGGCGCCAGGCAGUGGUCGUCUCGGCCUCAGCAGCAGCAGCAGCCCCCACGCAGCAGAAGAUCCGCAUCAAGCUGAAGAGCUACUGGGUGGACCUGCUGCACGACUCUGUGGAGAAGAUCAGGGAGGCGGCCAGCAGCACGGGCGCCAGCAUCGCAGGCCCCGUCCCGCUGCCCACCAGGAAGAAGGUGUACACGGUGCUGCGCUCCCCGCACGUCAACAAGGACUCGCGGGAGCAGUUUGAGGUGCGCCUGCACCAGCGGCUGGUUGACGUCAAGGACCUGUCGUCGGGCACCAUUGAUCGCCUCAUGACCCUGGACCUGCCCGCCGGAGUGGACAUCGAGGUCAAGCUCUGAGCGCGCCGCACCCGCGCACCGCACCCGCCACGCGCGGCAGCACCGCGUGCUGCAGCAGCCGCCCGUGAGCGGCAGCGGCCGUAGCGCUGCGCCCCAGCCCCGCCGCAGCAGCGGCGCCAGCCACGGCUCGCCGCUGCCUCUCCCCCUCCAGCAGUUUUCCCCCCGCGGGCCGCCUCUCUGCGCUCGCAUGCUCCCCCUUCCCUUUCCGCUGUAAGUCUGCCACACACGC